AUGACAGGCCAUUACCUGUUCGAGACAACGGACUCGGUUAUUGAGAUACUCUGGGACGUGGCGCUCGCGUUCUUCAUCGUCCGCAUCGCUUGGACUUAUUUCCUCCUCACCUUCUCGACGAGCGCGCUCCUUUCAUGGGUAAUCUGCAAAUACCCAGAGCUGCUGCUACCCGCGUCCAAGCAGCACCUCACGACGUCAGAAGCGGAGCUUAUGCUCGUCCCGCUACAGGCAAUAGUCGGGGUCGUCUGGGCCCGCUAUGUCGUCGUUGUCUAUGAGAUCCCGCGCGUGGCGUGGUUUAGGCUCGCCCUCGGCGGGCUGGCGGCUGUCCUCAUGUUCGCGGCCGAGGCGCUGCUGGGGCUCGUGUUGUACGAGGAGGGCUACGGGGACUGGAUCCGGGAGACUGACGGCACGGCGUGGCUCGCGUCUGUCGGGCUGCUUGGGGCCUUUGCUCUGAUGCCUACUGCGUUGAUGGGGUUCGAGGGGAAAGCUGCCGAUGGGGUGGAGGGGGAGGUUGUGACGGCGGGCUCGACGUCGCUUGGGCUUGAAGGCAAGGAGUUGAUGGAAGCAGUACCUGCGAUGAGUGUUGCGUCCAAAGAUGAGCUGAAAGGAGAGAGAAACUGA